GGUGCCUUCGCUUCCGCUUCCGGUCCCGGUUCCGGGAGGCGGGAGAGAUGCUGUGGGCACGGCCGGGGCGGCUCGGGGCCGCAUUCCUGCAGCUCGCCGUCGCGGCGCGCGCCAUGGCUGGAGCGCCCACAGUCUCGCUCCCUGAACUGCGUUCGCUCCUGGCCUCGGGCCAGGCCCGGCUCAUCGAUGUGAGAUCUCGGGAGGAGGCGGCAGCGGGGACCAUCCCGGGGGCGCUCAACAUCCCGGUGUCGGAGCUGGAAAGUGCCCUGCAGAUGGAGCCCGCCGCUUUCCAGGCUUUGUACUCCGCCGAGAAGCCCAAGCGGGAAGACGAGAAUCUCAUUUUCUUCUGCCAGAUGGGCAAGCGGGGCUUGCAGGCCACGCAGCUGGCCCGGGGCCUCGGAUACACAGGGGCUCGCAAUUACGAAGGGGCCUAUAGAGAAUGGUUCCAGAAAGAAGGUUAGGUAGCCGGUGGCUUACUGAUGGCCCCCUCUCCCUCCCCACCGCGGCCACCUUAACUAAGGAGGGGGGGCCGACCCCAGCCUUGGGCUCUCUGCGCGCAAAAACAUCAAAUAAAGAUCGGUUUACUCGAA